AUGAACUCCCUCCGCAUCGCGCGUGCGGCUCUCCGAGCUCGCCCUGCUGCCAUCCGCGCUCCCCUCCAGCGCCGAACCUAUGCGGACGCCAUCAAGCUGAGCUUGUCCCUCCCUCACCAGUCCAUCUACAGCUCCAAGGAUGUCGUCCAGGUCAACAUCCCCGCCGACUCUGGUGAGAUGGGUGUUCUCGCCAACCACGUCCCCUCCAUCGAGCAGCUGAAGCCCGGUCUGGUCGAGGUCGUUGAGGAGAGCGGUCCCAGCAAGCAGUUCUUCCUCUCCGGUGGAUUCGCCGUUGUCCAGCCCAACUCCGUCCUCAGCAUCAACGCCACCGAGGGCUACCCCAUUGAGGACUUCAGCGCCGAGGCUGUCAAGUCCCAGAUCGCCGAGGCCCAGAAGGUUGCCAACGGCAGCGGCAGCGAGCAGGACAUUGCUGAGGCCAAGAUCGAGUUGGAGAACAAGGACCCGGAUCCAACGCAGCUGCGUCAGACAGCAUCGACUGGACGCCUCCGGUCAAAAACCCGGGGCCAGCAGGACCAACUUGCUGAGGAUGUUGCCUCUCGGCAGUCACCAAGCCUCAAGCCGCGUCGUCUCUUCUCGAACAACUCUGCGUCUUCGUAUCAUUCCCAGGAAUCCGAGCUGACCACCCCCACGAUCCGCCUGCGUCACGCCCGUGAUAUCUUUGAAGAGUUUGGAAUCUCACGACCUUCCGGCUGGCUUUCUGACGACGACGAAGAGGAUUUCUCGCGCCACCAGGACGGUACCAACAGCACUCCCAGGCAUGUCGGCAACAUCUGUCACUCGUGCGGAGCGGUAGUAACGACCCGGACGUUCUGUGCCACAUGCGGCCAUUCGGUUUGCCCCCAGUGUUCCAGCGAAAUCCCUGGCGACGAGGAUGAUCAUCGACGCACGGAGAGCUCGGGACAAACAGUCAUAACCUCCCAGCAGCACACUUUCAAUGUGACUGAAGAGGAAUUUCGGUCUUCUUCCCACAAGGACAGCACUCAUUCGUCCAAGACAGUGCAAAAUGCUACAGUUGCUUCGCAAGCACUGAAAGACAAUCCCUUCAUCGUGGCGGACAAGAUGACAAAGGUCGUCACUGCCGAGCCCCGAGUCACUGAUGCCACUGCUCGCGGAGAGCAUCAGUCUCGAUUUUCAGACUGUGUUCCGCAGCAAAAUGACCUUUCCACGACUGCUGGGACUCACGGAGACUGCAGAAAUCCUGGGUGCAAUGCCAUACAUGCUGGCCACCAUAGCAAGCGUCACAGCAUUGCAUGCAUUGUGGGCCAACACACAACGAUGGAUGCUACUGACGAGCUUCAGUCUCAUGCUCCGCUGGAUGAUCCUGUCCAACGCAAGAUUGACAAUAUGUAUCAUCAUGCCGACGACCUGAGGCGAACACAGCAUAUCAUGGAGCAUCUCGCUGCAGGAUCCGCUGCGUCAGAGCAGCACCGCUCUAGCCAAGUCACGGACAGGGCAAGGACGUCCAGUGUAAUGGACGUCGACAGACUUCUGGCCAAACCCGGUAUCAACACGGUCAACCGCGGCAGGCUAAUCAGUUUCGACACAGCUGUUGCCGCAGAAAAGAAGAGCAAUAGGGCUCUCGAGCUUCGCGAAUGGGAGAGGUCUCAGUCGUUUGACGUCGAUCCGAUCAAGAGAAGAGCCUCGGAUACCCCGCCAAGUCCGGAUACUCGACUAUCCAAUCCUCCAGAAUGGCUGAGUCCAAAUCGAGGAUCCAUCACGAGCCAACGGGUCGUGACAGAGACCAAGAGCACACCCCAAAUGAGGUCUUCGAUUGAUCAGGUUGGCUCGGCCAUAACCGAGUCAACAGUCGAGUGGCCGAAGCUGAAGCGAGUGACGGUGACAAAGGAGACCGUGGAGGAAAAGCCAAAGGCGACGCUGCCAUGGAUGCAACGGCCCUUGCGCCGAGUCCAGAAAGAGGAAAACAUAUCCCAGCAAGCUCAAACACAACAGUCGACAGAAGUUGAGAAUUGGAGAUCUCAGCUUCGAAAGGUCGAGGACUCGCACCAUGGCGGCCGACAGCGAGCCGAGACUUGCAGCUCGUGCCACGAUGAAACAAGCUUACCGUCGCCUUCCUCUGUUGCUGAGGUUGUCGAUGUUGCUACCGACGCAACAAAAGAAGAGCCUCAGCCUCCGGCGCCUCUGAGUUCGAAACGUGUCGAGGAGGUCCAAGCCUCGACCUCCCACAAGUCAAGCUCCAGAACGUCAACAAGAGUCGAGUCAGAGACCAACACUCAGAUCUCACACACAGUCAAGGAAACUCACUCUGCCUCGGGUUCCAACGUUGUCGAAGAAGACAACAAGGCGAGCGCUACUCACGGCUUCGAACAUCGCGGACAGUCGAACGAGAUUGAGAUUCUCAGCCCAGCACCUGUGAUUUCAUCUGAACACACUUGCACCUGGAAGGAGCACUACUUGAGACUGACGUCAGAAGUGCGGCAGUUGAAGGCUGAGAUCAUGUCCAGAGAGAGGCUUGGAUCGUCUGGUGUGGACGUGGGGGUGAACGUCGGGCAGGGUGACGAUGAGCUGGGCGUUGAGGGUCUUACCAUUGUCAUGCAUCUGAAGGGGAAGGAUGAUCUGGUCAUCAAUACAGACUUGACCAGGGCGACUUCUGACGUUUGA